GUCUCGAGUGUUACGUGAAUAACAUUUUUUCAGCAUUCUGUUUCUUUUUAUUUGACUUUGAGUUUUUUCAAAUACCUGUUUAAAAUGUAUGCGGUUCAAGAGUACGUCAAAGCCCACGAACUGCAGACUCGAGAUGCCGCUGAUGUUAUCGAAGAAUUUAGUGAUGAAAUUUAUCAAAUGCGAGGCCGGUGCAUUGAUAUUGGUUGUGGACCCGGUACGCUCAGUAAACAUUUAAUUUUACGAAAACUGCAUCCAAAGUCUGUAUUGAUAGCCGCAAAACCAUCACUGCUGCUGCAGCCACAGUUUCUGCAGCAAUUCAAAAGUAUUGAAAGAGGUUUCAACGCAGACGGUACUACCACUACCAUCUCCUCCUCUAGUGGUGUGAAUGGCAGCGGCGGAUCCAACAGUGCGUAAGAGAACGGCCUGCUGAAAAUAUCAUCAUAUAAGGAA